AUUUAAAAUGGUUUCGGGAGAAGACGGGAUUUUUGCGAUUGCUGAUUAUCAGCUUCUACAGGACGAGACUUACGAAGAGUUUUUCUCCCGAAUGGUUUUACAUCAGCAAACACACCUGGUCCGGACUAAAAACGACAUUUUAACCCAGUCCCACCUGAACCUCCUGGUUGUUCUGUGGUUAGGUCGGGUACACCCAGGACUACCGGCCCUGGCAGGAGCUCAUUUUAAAGAGAAACUAGAAACAGGGUCUUCACUCGAAAACUUAGUGCCUGAGAUAUGUUUGAGAAUAGAGAACAUGUUGAAAAAGAUAGAAGAGGCUGCCGAGGUCUCUGAGAGGACAGAAAGAGUCUUGAAUCUGUUCGAGGCUGAUUGGGAGGUUAUAAAUAAAGAUAGUAUUGAAGAGAGGGAGGUUGCUGAGAAUAUGAAGAAGGAACUAACUUUGUCUCUUCCAGGGUUGCCAGAUUGCUCUGAUGAAAUAAAACUAGAACUAGGGGAAGAGGUAUAUAUAGAAGAUGUUACGGAGGAUAAAGCUGAGGAAAACAUAGAAGAUGUAAAUGAAGAUAAAACCGAACAUGACAUUAAAGGAUUUCAAGAUGAUGCUCCCAAAGCAAUUGUUAAAACCAAAGCUGGGAAAAAACCACAAAGAUCUCACAAAACAAAAUUGAUAAAUAUAAAUAAAGAAGCAAAUGAAGGAAAGAAAAGAAAACCCAUUAAAGAAAGUAUUCGAGGAAAAAGGAAGAAUGAGAACUUAUUUUCAUGCGAGCAGUGCGAGUACACCACUUACGGACCACGGCAAUUUAAGCUACACAGGGUGUCUGAGCACGGAGCGAAGGAUUACCAUUGUGCUAAAUGUGAUCUUCUUCUUCCAACUCAGGAACUAUUCUCAGAACACAGGAACUCACAUAGAAGAGAGGAUAAAGAGAUGCAUUGUGAGGCAUGUGGAUUUGUUGCAAAUAAAAGAGUAACUUUAAAUAGACAUCUUUUUAUGAAGCAUAAUAAGGGAGAUGGGUAUCAAUGUGACCAAUGUGAGUUCCGAACAUUACAGAGUUAUGUUCUAAAGAAUCACAUAAUAUCUUCACAUCUUAAACUGAAGAGGUUUAUCUGCGCUGAAUGUGGAUCUCGGUUCAUUAGGAAUGGUGAACUGACAGAUCAUGUUAAAGCUCGACACCGAGGGGAAAAGUAUUUAUGCGACCAGUGCGACUUUCAAACCUCGUAUCGACGGGUCUUUGGUCAACAUAGGAAACAGAUGCAUGGAGACAAAGCUUUCUUCUGCGAUAAAUGCGACUUUAAGGCUGCCUGUAAACUGCACUUACGCAACCACAAGAUAACCAUUCAUGGCAACAUAACGUUCUAUCCCUGUGAUCAGUGUGAAUAUAAUGCUCGACGCCCCUCGCUCUUAAAGGAGCACAAAGAAAGCAAGCAUAUGGGUAUUUUAUUUUCUUGUACUUUAUGUGAGCAAAGAAUGUCUCGAAAAUGGCAUAUGAAGAGACACAUGCUGCUCAAGCAUAAAAUUGAAAACUGGAAUAUAUGAAAAACACGCUAUUUUUACCUUUUCUUUUUCAAAACUUAUUUUAAAUUUUAAUUUGUGAUAUUUCUAGUUUUUUACCACCAAGUUAUUU